AAAGAAGCAAAAAUACAUUAUUAGCGGAUCGUCUUGCAGUGAUUAUUCAGGAUCAUGUCAAGGUGCUUAGGUAACUUGAUGGUCUAACAAUCUGGAAUGAAAAUUCUUUCUAGAAUACAAUGUCUCUGAUCGUACAACAUGCAGGUAAGGUAAAUAUUUCUAGAUUUUCAGAACAAGUCGAUAAAGUUCUACGUGAAGUGUGUUUAAUGGAAUUAGUUGCCUCCACCUUAAUUAUAUGUCUACUUCAAUAUUAUUGCAUGACGGAAUGGACUAAUAACGACGCUAUUGCCAUUCUCACGUACUUUAUCCUCCUAGUUUCUUUCACUUUUAAUAUUUUUAUCUUUUGCUACAUCGGUGAGCUGCUCGUUAAUCAGUGCAGAAAAAUUGGUGCAGCCUCUUAUAACAUCGAAUGGUAUCGUCUGACUGCAAAUAAAGGUUUAGACCUUGUUUUAUUGAUAGCGAUAGCGAAUUAUCCACCAAAAAUAACCGCUGGGAAGAUAUUCGAGUUGUCAUUCGCGACUUUCGGUCGUGUCCUAAAAUCGUCGGUCGUAUAUCUGAACUUAAUCCAAGCAGUAGCAGAAUGA